AUGACUGCUUGGAAGAGAUUGAUUAGAUUUGUUGCCAACGAUGGCAAGAUAUACAAAGGUGAGCCAAUUGUCACUGACACUGAAUACGACGUUGGUGAGCAAUUCUUAGACGGCAAGACCAUCAAAGCCAGGGUCAUCAAAGGUGAAAACAUUUUUGAGGAUGCUGUUGUUACAGAUGAAGUGUUGGAGGUGAAGCAAUUGUUGGGUCCAUUGACUCAAGAUGAAGUCCCCAUCAUCAAGUGUGUUGGCUUAAACUACAUGAAGCACAUUCAAGAGGGUGGCAGAACCCCACCGCCAUUCCCAUCCAUUUUCUACAAGCCAAGGUUUGCUGUUGCUGACUUUGGCGAGCCAAUUCCAAUUCCCAAAAUUGCUCAAGAAAAUCAGUGUGAUUAUGAGGGUGAGUUGUGUGUUGUCAUUGGCAAAACCGGUAAGGACAUCAAAGAAGAAGACGCUUUGAGCUAUGUUGGUGGUUACGUUUCUGGUAAUGAUGUUUCUGCCAGAACUUGGCAGAAGGACCCCAAAUACGCUGGUGGUGUUCCCCAAUGGUGUUUUUCCAAGUCAUUUGACAAAUACGCUCCAUUGGGUCCUCAGUUGGUCUCUACACAAGUCAUUCCCAACCCAGCUGCAUUACAUUUGACCACCAGGGUCAAUGGCAAAGUCCGCCAAGAUACUGGUACCAAUGAUUUGUUAUUCAAUAUCCCAAAGAUUAUUGCAUUUAUUUCCCAAUCAACUACAUUAGAACAAGGAACAGUCAUCAUGACCGGUACUCCAAGUGGUGUUGCCAUGGGAAUGAAGCCGUCACCAAAGUACCUUCAAAACAAUGACGAAGUACAAGUUGAGAUUUCUCAAAUUGGUACCCUCUCCAACAAGAUGGACUUUGUAUAA